UUCCCAUCCUAAGUCUGAUGGUAGGAGGAGCAGUUUUAAACAUGGUCCCAAAUGAACCUGGGAACUCCAGCGUGCCAACGAACAGUUCAUCAUUAAACCAGGAAAGAGUUAUGGUGGCAGUAUCCGUUACAGUCCUGGCUGGCAUCUUUCAGUUAGCCCUGGGCGCCUUUCGCUUCGGCUUCAUCGUCAUCUAUUUGUCUCAGCCACUCAUCAGUGGAUUUACGACGGCGGCUGCGAUACACGUUUUUGUGUCUCAGCUGAAGUUCAUUUUUCAGCUACCGGUUGAGCCCUUUAACAAACCACUGGGACUCAUCUGGACCCUUAAAAGUAUAUUUGAGCAGAUCACCGACACCAACAUUGCAGAUUUAGUCACCGCACUCAUUAUCUUAGUCGUUGUGUCAGUGGUCAAGGAACUGAAUGACCGUUACAAAGCCAAACUGCCAGUACCAAUUCCGAUUGAAGUCAUCGUGACAGUCAUCGCAGCUGGACUAUCUUACGGCUUUAAUUUCAAAGAGAUAUUCCAGGUAGAUACCGUUGGAACAUUAGAUGUUGGAUUUCAGGCUCCAGUUGCCCCAGAUAUCAAAUAUUUCGAACGUUGUAUAGGAGACAGCAUCUCCAUUGCCAUUGUCGGCUUCGCUGUUGCCUUUUCAGUGGCUAAAGUUUAUUCCAUUAAGCAUGAUUACCGCAUAGACGGCAACCAGGAAUUAAUUGCCUUUGGAAUCAGCAACAUUUUUGGAGGGGUCUUCAAAGGAUUUGCAGCAAGCACUUCUCUAUCAAGGUCUGGAGUGCAAGAAAGCACCGGGGGCAAGACGCAGAUUGCUGGACUCCUCUCAGCUAUCAUUGUCAUGAUUGCUAUCUUAGCCAUUGGCUUUCUCUUGGAACCACUGCAAAAGUCAGUCCUUGCAGCUUUGGUUCUGGGCAAUUUGAAGGGGAUGUUGAUGCAGUUCAAAGAGAUUGGAAUUCUGUGGAAAAAGGACAAGUGUGACUGCCUUGUCUGGAUUGUGACUUUCCUGGCUGCCCUUCUACUGGGACUGGAUCUUGGCUUAGCUGCCGGCCUUGGAUUUGAACUCCUGACAGUUGUAUUCCGGGUCCAGUUUCCAAAAUGUACACUUUUGGCUAAUGUUGGAAGGAAUGACGUCUACAGAAACAGAAAAGACUACUCAGACAUAUACGAGCCAGAAGGAGUGAAAGUUUUCAGGUGCCCGUCUCCAAUCUUUUUUGCUAAUGUUGACUUCUUCAAGGAAAAAUUGACUGCUGCGGUUGGUUUUAAACCAUUGAGGGUGUUACAGAAACGCAACAAAGCUCUAAGGAAAAUAAAGAAGAUGUUAAAGAAGGGAGAACUUCAAGAAACUCCAAAAGGUUUUAUUUGUACCGUCACUAAUGCGACCGACUCAGAUGAAGAGCUGGACAACAACAGGAUUGAAGAACUGAAUCAGCCCAUAAAUACGAAGGAUUUUCCAGUUCGGAUAGACUGGAACGCAAGCCUGCCUCCCAACAUCAGAGUUCCGAAAAUUGACGUCCAUAGCGUCAUUCUUGAUUUUUCAGCAGUGUCCUUUCUGGAUGUUUCAGCUAUGAGAAUCAUCGGAGAGACUUUGAGAGAAUUCAUCCGGGUUGAUGUUGAAGUUUAUAUUGUGGGCGCACAUGAUGGUCUCCUGGAGAAGCUACAGAGAUGUGGAUUUUUUGAUGAUGAAAUUAAGCCCUCCAUAUUUUUCCUGACCAUUCACGAUGCCAUUUUACACAUAUUGAUGAAGAAGGAUAUGAUCACCCGCUUAUCAAAAUUCGAGGCCAUCACGGAUAAUCAAAACAACAAUCACUAUAUAAUUAACACGAGCGGAGGACUACGCAAUCGGGACCUAAAGGAAUUAAUAGAAACGAGAAUGUAAAAGGAGGACGGGCGAAGAACCAGCCAAUCUGGAAACAAUUGAUAAAAGGAGAUCAAAUGUUGGUUCUCCAACAGGAUCCCACAUUGAGUGAGGACAGAGGGGAGGGCCCGUCCCUCUUGUAAGGACAUAAGUCACAUACACAAACAUGUAUGUACAAAAGAAGGUGGAACUUCAACUACUGGCCAUGCCCAACUUCCAGCAGAUUUUAUUCCUUCCACGGAUGCUUCAGCAUCGUAGGCAACCAUUUUUGCCUCUUAAACUU